AUUCAGACCACUUGCGCGCGCGCACCAUUAAGUUGGUACGUACCUCGACCUGGCUCUAUCCCCAGAAUCGCGAAAUUUGGCGUUCCCAUUUCGCGACUCUAACCCAUCGACCCUCUUUGGCGAUUGCGCCGCCGACGAGACACCUCCACCAGUGCCCGCCGAAACUUGUGGUCACCUCGACGCCGCGACGUCGCGACUACCGCCGCAGUGGCCCCCGACCCGAGCCAUGUCCUCCCGGAGAGCAGUUGCGCCAGAGGUGCGCGAAUCGAUCGAGGCCAAGAUUGGCGACCAAGACGUUCAGAUGAAAGAUGGCCCCAACGACGAACCGGAUGCCGACGCUGAUGCCGACGGCGACAUGGACAUUGAUAUGGAUGCGGAGGGUGACGAGGAUGCGGAGGGUGAUGAGGACGCCGAGGGCGAGAUGGACGAUGAAGGACGACCCGACCUGUUCCGUAUGGUCCAUAACCUCGCGACCUAUCUCUGUAGUAUCGAGGAGGAUGGCGAGGAGCUGGCCAGCGGCUUCCAGCGCAUCCCGAACCGGCGCGUGUUGCCUGACUACUUCGAAGUUAUAUCCGAACCCGUUGCGUUUAGCACCGUCAGGGGAAAAACCCAGAAGAAGCAAUACACCUCGUUCCCGGAGUUCGUCAAGGAUGUGUCGCAGAUCUUCCACAAUGCCCAGGUGUACAACCGCCCCUCCGCGCCCAUCUUUGGUGCAGCGGUUCGAUUGAGGGAGAUCUUCGUCGAAGAGCUCCAAAAGUUGGUGGAGAAAGGCUACAUCUCGGCAGAGGAUGCAAAGCUGCCCGACCUGGGGGAGCUUCCACCUGUUGAAGGGGAUUCUCCACCUGCGGAGGAAGAGGAUGAUGAAGAAGAAGAAGACGAGGAGGAGGAAGAAGACGAGGAUGAGGACGAGGACGAGGAUGAUGACGAUUCGGAUGAUGAGGGAGGCCGACGCCGCCGCCGGAGACGAGGUCGUGCCUCUGGCUUUGGACGGAGAGACCGGGACGAGGAUAAGGACGACGAUGCACAUAAGCGCCGCGGUCGACCACCCAUGGUCUUGACCCCCACAGAGGCGCGUAUCUCGUCGAUUCUUAAAGGACUCAGGAAGCCUAAGGACUAUGAUGGAAACCUGCUCAUCCUACCCUUUGAGAAGCUCCCUGACAAGGGCGUAGUUGCGGAUUACUAUCAGACCAUCACAAACCCGAUGGCUCUUGACAACAUCAAGAAGAAGGCCAAGCGAAAGAAGUACCAGCACGUCGACCACAUGAUGCAAGACAUCGAGUUGAUGUUUGAGAAUGCAAAGCUGUACAACGAGGAUGACAGCGAGGUACACAUGGCUGCCGUGGAGCUACAGAAGCAGGCUCGAGUUCUCGCCGGACAGGAAAAGGCUAGGCCUGACGAUGACUUCCGAGAUGAGGACGGAAAGCUUCCCCUGGCAGAAAUCCAGUACAAUGGACAGGCAUGGAAAGUCGGGGAUUGGGUUCACAUCCGGAAUCCGAAUGACCUCGCCAAGCCCAUUGUGGCGCAGAUCUAUCGAACCUGGCAGGAUCGCGCUGGUCAGAAAUGGAUCAACGCGUGCUGGUACUACCGACCAGAGCAGACGGUGCACCGCUUCGAGAAACACUUCUUUGAGCACGAGGUGGUCAAGACGGGGCAGUACCGCGACCACCAGAUCGAAGAUGUUCUCGACCGGUGCUUCGUCAUGUUUGUGACACGGUUCAACAAGGGCCGGCCGCGGGGAUUCCCCCCGAACAAAGACGUCUACGUCUGCGAGUCGCGGUAUAACGAGGAGCGAUUCCGGUUCAACAAGAUCAAGACGUGGGCGAGCUGCGUGCCGGAUGAGGUGCGAGAAAGGGACUAUGAGAUGGACCUCUUUGACGUGCCUCGGAGGAUGAAGAAGGUCCCUAGCCCUAUUAAGCAUCUACUUCGCGAGGAUGCUAAAGAGACAGACGAGCUCCCCAAGCCGACGUGGGGGAGCCCCAACGCGCCGCCCAUUGUUGGAGCCGUGCAUCGCCGCCCUCGAGAGCUGAAUGAGUCGCCGCCUCCUGAGCCUACACCACCACCGCAAUCCAUGUCCAUGUCGGCUAUUCCAAUCCCAGAUAUCACUGUCGAUGCUGGCCCACGUGCGUCCAUGAUGUCGGUGCCUAGAGAUGUGUCUGUGGACGCUGCCAGAGGCGCUGUACCGUAUCCCGGUACUGGGCCAUCCCCGUCGCCCGGUCAGUACAACGCACACAUGGCGCCUCACUUCCAGCCUGUGACUCCAGUGGCAGUUCCGCAGAUUCACCAGACACCUGUGCCCAUUCCUCACCCUCCACAUCUCGGACCCCCAGCUCCUCAGGUCUCCGUCCGCCCGGUCCAGUACCAGCCUCACCAACACACUCAACCCGGGUACCCCCAGAAUUAUGUACAGGGAUAUCCACAGUCUCCAGCAGCUCCGAUGCACCAACAGCCGCAGAUGGGCAACCCGAUGGCACCCGCGUACGGUCAAGUGCCCGCCUCUCCUGUCACUAGGACCCCCAUGGGCCCUGCGCCUGGCAACGUCAUUCCUCCCGGCAACAUGUACAACCCACCAAGGCCUCCAGAGGUCUACACGCUUCCAGACAACCUCCAUGAUGCUCUCCCCGCUGAGGUCCGGCAUUCCUUCCAGCACGAUAGUGCUGGCCGGGUCCUGUUCUUCACCGCACCACCUCUUGAUCGACCCCACAAGGGCGUUUCAAACGACAGUGCCGGACUUGGGCACAGCAUCAAGUACCUCGCUAGCAGAGAGCAGUGGUUGGUUGACAGAGAGAAGAAGCGCAAGGAGCGCGACGAGAAAGUUUCCCUCGAGUCCCAAAAACGCAUCGAGCUGGACACCGCAGCUGCAAGGGAGGCAAAGGAAGAUAUGGUUUCACAAGCGACUGGUGCCAUGGCAAAGUGGCUUGAACAUUUUGAUGAAGACACAGAGAGAUGGAAGAAGGAAGUCGGCCUGGAGGGGUGGCGAGAAGCUGCUGGAGAAAGGGGCGUUGCCUAAAGUAUCAUCGGAUGAUCGCAUCAACCACCAGGGAGGGAUGUUAUGGAUAUGGGGUGUCCUAGGACAUUGUGUAAAUCGUUGUAAUAGCGGCGUGGUUCGGAUUCAAGGGCCGGACUGUCGGAGUUAUGGGCAGUGUGAUUUGCGAAUCCUUCUCGUGAAAACCAUCUCUUGUGCUGUGCGUUUUGAUGUUGGACAACGGUCGAUCCACCUAAAGCUUGGUCGUGAAAAAAGCGUCGUAAGUGGAGCCUAAAACAAAGCAGGAAGACCGACUUCCUAUAGAUACUUUUAAGCACUAAGCUAGUG